UUUCAGGCGAUGGACACUCGUCGAAAAGUGUAUCACAGAGGCGAAAACAAUACACAGAGGAUACAGGAAAUCCGGGAGAGCAUCAGAGUCAAAACUCGAGCUAAAAAAGUAAGCGAAACCAGUGAAAAACGACGAGAAAGAUUCCGAGCCCGUGAAGAUGUGCAGAAACUGAUCCGAGGCGCCGAUUCGUACACAAAAGCAACUUACGAAGAGAAAUGUGAAUUUUUGAAUGGAAUUUCCAGGACGAUUUUGGAAACCACAGUGGAAUCGCUGACGGAUAACGAGUUUUUUGAGGAUAUUUGUCAGUUAGUGUUAAAAUUCCUACCCGACGAUCACCCGUGUAUCCGUGCAAUGUGCUUCCAUAUGGUUCGAAAAUGUACGAUAAACGAGCGGAAUCUAGUUGUAAUCCUUACAACUCACGUGGAUAUUUUUAUCGUUCGCGCAAUUGAUUUACAAAUGGAAAAUCAAACGGAACGAUUGGAAGCUUUCAAGUUAAUUAUUUGGAUGCUUAAAAUCUACGAGAAAUCCAAUCUCAAGAAGCUGAUAGACUCCUCGGCGGCGCAGAAAAACGGAAAAAAAUAUGCAUUCCCCAAGUCCAUCAUGCAACCCAUCAUCUCCAUCGCAUUGUCAGCAUUUGAAGGUCAACAGACUACGGGAAAAGACAAAUUAACCCUCCCGUGCGUCGGCCUUUUCCUGGAGUUCAGCUUAACCGAACCGCUAUUAGUCCUAGAAAUGGCCGGAACAGAUUGGCUUGUAAAAGCAUUAACUGGAGUUUCUUGUAUGAGCCGACGAAUUGUGCUCCUUGCAUCACAUGUUCUGAUCUCGUGGCUUGAUUCUCCGACGAUUCGGAUCAAAGCGCAUUUGGAUUUGGUGAUGGAGCAGAUCUUCGCACCUCUGGUGGAAUUCGGAUUGUUCCAGAAAAGAGGAAGUAUGCUUACGAAUGAUAAUGCAAACGAAGCCUUCCACAUGAACGACUUUUUGGAGAAUUUCAAGUGUUCCUUCCUCCGAAUCAUUCGAUCAUGGCCGGGGCUCUUCGCAUGUGCUGCAGUUGGCCCCAACUCAAAUAUUCGUCCAUCUUCACCGUUCCGGCUCCUAGACUACCUAGGCCUAGGUACGGUGGCCAAUGAUAAUCUUGUGAGGAUUCGUGAUACGAUUGUGGAUCUUUGCUGUGAAUUUGUGGAUGUUCCAUAUGCCAAUAAGACAUUUGAGUCUUGGGAAGAAGCUCUCUCAUUUUAUAAAACAAUGCACCUACCGGACAAAUUCAAGAGCAACCUGAAAAACGACUUUGUAAUUGCUCAAAAUGAUGCUCGCUUGAAAAAUGAUACGGAACGACGGAAGCCAACAAUCGAUCUUCUUGCAGCGUUCCGAGUUCUUUCCCAAUUCGUUUUGAUCAAUGCUCAGCUUCCACUCUCGCUGGCCAGGCUGAUCCUUGCGAUGCCCGACUCAUCAAGUGGACUCAAGGCAACACUUUUGAUGGCUGAUAUGUUGAGACAAGCUCCAUCUCAUGUACCUAUGGGGUAUCGAGCUCCGGUUCUUUCGAUGCCAACUCUGGUGCAAUCGGCCUGUGAAUCGCUGAGCCAAAGUCAUGCGGUGGCGGCUAUAAAUGGAACUUUUGAUAUUAAUACUACAGAGCAAUACACUUUCCUACAUGCUACGAACGCCGAGCUUGUCCUAAAUCGCUUCGACAAAUUAAAUCAAUCGUGGAUCCGAUCCGCGUCCACCUCAUCCACCGUUCUCAAAGAAUCGGAUCUAAUGCUCUUCUCACCGCAUAUGUCCGAACCCAUACCACUAGCAUCUACAAUGAAAAAAUCAAAAAGUGAUUCUUCAUUUCGAUCGGGGGGCUCAUUUUUUAAGAGAAACACCUCGCCUGAUGUCUACGAAGAAGAGUCUCCAGGUGAGUUCAGCGAGACUGUGCUCCGUGGAAGAUACGAUAAGAAUGCGUUGAUGUUGAUGGAUGAUGCUGACGAUUAUGAUUACGCAGCUCCGAACAUCAGAGACACGCUUGACGAUGAGGAGGAGAAUGCGAAGAAGUUUUUCGUCGAUUCAACCGGAGCAUUUGACUGGAACUAUGUGGAGUAUUAUGUUGAGAAUAUCGAGAAGGAUGGCUACGAGAAGCUUCUCAAAGAAUUCACAUCGAACACUAUUCAAGUUCAUAUUUCAAAUAUGUUCCAAUACAUCUCACCAUCCGAACAGGAGAAGCACAAAAGAUGCAUAGAUCGGCAACAAGUGAUUGUGACGAAAAGCCUAAUCAAGCUUCUGCUCCGAGUGUUCCAGAAAGAAGCCCAUAUCAGUGAUGCCUAUCAGCCAAUCUUUCUGAAAUAUGUUGAAAGCUUUAAAGCUCUUUUGGAAAAGAGAUCCAAUCCGAAUGCCUACUUUGCUGCUCGCAACCUUUCCUACACCAACUCGAUGCUUCAUUUCGCCAUAAUCGGAACGUUCACAAUGACGAGUAAAGGAUUAUCGAUUUUGACGAAUGCUGGAGUUUUGCACAUGUACGUCGACAUAUUGAGUUCAACAUCACAACUCGAAUACACGAAAGUCAUAAUUUCUUCGCUAGACUAUACCAAUGAGGGUAUGGUUCGAGUUAUCAUUGGAAAAGCCCUCACUUCUACAUCCGAAGCUUCACGGAAAUGGACGACUCGAUAUUUGGCUGUACUGGCGUCAUUCGAUCUUCCGACGUUCUCGGAUUGGGGAAUUCAGUACAUGUUGAGACAGCUUGCAGAUGAAUCCUCGAAGGUUGUUCGUCACACGAUUCGAAUUUUGAACCGUUGGCUUCCGGAACAUCCGUCUCGGAAUUUGAGGAAAAUCGAUUGGUCGCUUUUCGGAGAAGCUGGGGACUUGCUCAGAGCUCAUGUGUUCGCGAUGGAAUCGGAGUGUGCGUCGGAUGAGGAUGAGGUUCGGGAUGUUGUUCGAUUCUGGAUGAGUGAUUUUAAUAAAAAGUAUCUGAAUAUCAUUGACGAGGAGAUGAAGGAAAUGAUGUUCCAUGUGAAGCGAAGUAUUGAUGGAAGCUUCUCAAGAUCAAGCUCGGAUAUUCCUGAUACUUCUCUGGGAGUUCAGGCGCCAUUGCAUUUGUUUGCAGCUCUGGGGAGCCACGAGACGGGCAGACACAUUUUGAUUGACGAGAACGUCGCUGAAGAUCUGCUGUCGAUUUGCAAAACCGGGAAAUGUUUCGAGGAAAUCAAGGCGAGCCUGCUGGCAGUAUCAAGUAUCGGAAGCACAGAUGGUGGAUUUGAGAUCCUUCCCGCUGAUGCUGUGCCAGUUGUGAUAAAGAUUGCUGAGGAGCACCCGGUUUUGACAGUUCGAGGAAUCGCGUUCUGGGCUCUUUGCACAUUUUCGCAGUGCAUCGAAGGUGCAAAACGUUUGGGAUCUUUCGGAUGGGAAUCCAAUAGGUUCCGAUAUGCGAUGGAUCUUGCUAAAUCGAAGGUGGUGGCUGAUGAUGAGCCUGGAACACCGGGUGGUGCAACACCUGGAAGUACAUGCUCGUCGUGGAGACCGGCAAGGAAGAUUACUAUUCAGAGUCAUCGGAAUUCUUCGAUGGUUGAUAGUCAAAACAAUGUCAAGCAAAGUCGUGCAAAAUCUGAAAGUGCUCUAGUUCGACGAGGCCAUAGUAAAGGACGAUCGAGAAGUCAAUCCACUGGAGACAUUCACGAAGUGAUCGCAAAACGAGAAUCUCGAAUCGAUUCGUUCUUCAAUCAACGAUUAUGGAAUAGUGAAAAGUAUUUGUAUAAGACGAGUGGAACUUCUGACAGCUCGAGCAUUCCUUAUCACAAGCGGACUGUCACCAAUUCAAGUUCAGGGUAUCAUAUUCAAGACGACACGACGGCUGUCACCAUAUCCCCACCGAACCAUCUCAACAUGGAAGAGAAUGUCUGCAAAUCGGCGGCCACGUCUCGAAUAAGCACUGAUCGCCGGCGAGCCAACACAACGAACUCGCUGUUCGACGAGGAAGAGGCGCCAAAGACGAGAUCAUCAACGGUGGCCCGGUGUAUACGGGAUGGUCUGAAAAUAACGACGGAGCAGCUGGAAGCCGAGGGCGUGCUGGCUGAUGGGAUUAUGGAACUUCAUUUCUCGUGUCGACUACGUGAAAAGUACCAUUUGACGGCGUUCCGAGUGCGAGCUUGUCUUCAAAUUACACGUCAUGUUGGAGAUCCUGUUCGAUAUGUUUUUAUGACAAGAGAAGAGGAACGUCAUUUCGCUGACUACCGUCGUCAAGUCCUUCGCGAUCCAUGGCUCUACAAUGAGCUCAAAAAAGAGGAUAACACAGUGAAGAAGACUAUCAAUGUGGUCCCAAUUCAGACAGUCGCAUUACCGACGGAAAUCGAAAUUAUGUGCGGAAACAUUUUUCCAGCCAAACCGAAAUCGGAUCCGAUCUUUUCAUUCCACGAGAACGACGACUCGGCAGGCGUCGAGGAUCGUGGAGCCCGAACCGGACACGCUAGGAGUGGGAUUCAUAUUCAGCCACACUCUGCGUAUCGAUGCUUUCAUUGUAGUAGUAAUGAGGAUUCAGUCAGAAUAUACCCUCACCCAGAUGCUCCGAUGCUCCGAAAAGAGGUUCUCGGGCACGUGGAUAUGCUAGAGAUCAAGGAAUAUCCUGCGAAGAGAUUGAUUGGACUCCGCCAACACCACCCAUGGCUAUUCGAAUGGCCAUGCAUGUAUGCUGAUGUUCUCGAGCUGCUAGACGAAUAUCGAUUCAAACCACACUCGAGAGCAUUCCUGCAGCAAAUCUUUUACGACGCUCUUCAAUUAUAAUUACCAUUCCAUUUAUAAGUAUUUUCGUGUGUAUUUAUCCCCCCUGUUGUUCCAUGACACCAAUUAAUUGUAAGAGAAAAAGAAAGUACGGCCACUUGAGUGGAAGUAGGUAUUUAAGUAUUUUUCUCUCUCAUCAUCUAAAUUGUGCUAUAAAAACUAAGUCAGCCUUUUGAAUAUUUUCGUGUAUGUAGUAACCCAAACUCUUGUUUUAUAUUUACAUUCCAGCCAGUUAUUAUGGAUAAUAAAGUCAAAUAUUUACUAAAUUCCAUCA